AUUUAGACAAUAAUCACUUUCAAUUAAAUAUGCAUAUGCAUUUCCUCAUUUCUCAUAACAAUUUUAGGAAGACAUCAAAAAACUAUUUUUGAAUAGUUGUGUAACACUUUAUACACAUAUACCUUUUACACAUUUUGUACAAGCUUAUGCACAUUAAAAUUUACAAUUGUAAAAUCCAUCAAAUUAUCUAUCAUUACCAUCAUCACAUUCUUCAUUACCAUUAACAAUUCCAUCUUCACUUGUACCUGAACAUGGUAAUUAGGUUGUUUAAUUACAAGUUUAACAAUCAUUAGGACAUUAAUAUUAGCAAUUAAAGCACAAAUCAUCUAAAUCAAAAUUUCCAUCUUCACAUUAUUCAUAUCCAACUAUUUAAAAAUUUCCACAUACACGCAUACAUUCACCAAGAACAAGUUAAAAUCCAGGAUUACAUGAUUAACAUGUUACUGAAUACCAAAUCAAAGUAUUAUUUGAACAUAAUUUAUAACAUUGUGUUAGUGAUUAAUUUCUGUUAUGGGACAACCUUAAGUUUAAUAUAUAUUUUACUUCCACAACUAUUACUUUAUUCAUAAUACCCUGGAUUACAAGAACAUUGUAAUCCUUUUAAUAUUCUAUUUGUUGUUAAAUCACAAGAUAAACAACCACUGAUUUUUGUUAUAAAACAACUUAGACUAGAUGAAUGA